AUGAAAUUAAGAGGAGGAGGAUGUGGAUCUUCAAACAUUGUAACCCCAUUUCCAAUAAAAGCUUAAACUACAAAAACGACACCUGGAUUAACAACCUAAAUUAAAUUUCAUUGUGAUCGGAUCGCCAGGUCGUCGGUGACAGUUUUAGAUUAAGAAAACAACUUAAUGAAUAGUUUUCAGUUCUUCUCAUUGAACCAAAGACAAAUAUGGGGUUUAGUAAGCAAUACUCAAUUAAACUAAUAAUCAUUUGAACUUGUCUCAUAGAGUUUAGAUACAUUAAUAUCAACAUUGUAAAAUAUUGUAAAAUAAAAUGCUGGAUAUUCUUUAUAUGUCUUCUAAAUCAUGACAUAAUUAUCUUGGAUACUAUUUUCAUUCUAUACAGCUAAUUAAGAAAGAUAUUUGGAUAUCAACAAGUAAUAACUAAUUUUAAGAGAAAUGGCUUUGAUAAGAGAAUAACUAAAAAUUGAAAGAAGGGCAGAUAAAUUGUUCAAUAAUUUAUACUUUGAGUUUUUUAUUACUAAAUCCAUAAUCACAAUUUAACCUACAAAUUCAAAAGAGGCUGAAGAAAUAUUACUCUAGUUUUUAGGAGGAGCUCUUAAAUCAUUAGCUACCUUUACUAUUAAUGAUGAUUUAAUUUAAAGUCUUAAAAAGAGUGCUAUUUACAUCUAUUAAGAAGGGGUUAAAUAUAGUAGAAAGAGAAAAUUAGAAAUCAUAUUUUCACUUUAACAAUUAAAAUUUUAUAUCAUGGAUGAAUUGGAAAAUGGGAGAGAUGCUAAACAAUUAGCAACCCUUCUCAGUAAAAUGUUUUGUGAAAUCAUUCGGGAAUCCACAGAUUGGGAAAUUUGGUGUAGUUGGAUUUAAAUAUUGUCUUCAUUGUUUCAAUUUAAAUAAGCUGUUGAUGAAUUAAAAAUUGAACCUUAACUUUCUUAGUAUUUAUAAGGAAAAGAAUAUACAAUCCCAAAUUUCGAUGGCAGAUGCUAUGUUUCUAUUGACAGUUUCUAAAUUUAAAAUGAUGAAAUUUUAAAAUUAAUAUUUGAAAGUAGUUAACCAUUACAAGAAUUAUCUAAAUUGUAAUCAUUUAUCUUAAAUGGAUAUGGCUUAUUAUCAAGUUAUGAAUAAUAGUAUUUUAAUAAGCUAUCUGUCAUCUAAGCUACUAAUUCUACUUUAAAAAAUUAUUCUUUUAGUCAAUCAUAAAUUUCCUAAUUCAUGAAUUCUGUUAGUGCCAUCUAACAAGGUUAGCAAUAAUUAAUAGAAUUAUUUAAAUAAUUAGUUUCUAAUAAUGAUUAACAGAAGAUCAAAGAAGCUGAAGAGUUGUUAAAAGAUUUAAUUGCUAAAAUUAUUUAAUUAAAAAGAGACUUAGAGCAUAUAGAAAUUAUUUAUUAAUUUCUUAAAAAUGAAAUCGAUGCAAAUCUCAUCAAUUAUUAAUUUCCUGAAACAGAUAAAAUCUUAGUCUUGUACUUGCAAAAAUACUUAAAUUGUUAAUUUUCAAGCAAGCAAGUUUAAAUAAUUGAUUUUGAUUCCAUCUUUUAAACAAAAUAAAUAUCUUAACUAUUAGAUCAAUUUUCAUAUGAUGAAAUUAAUCAUGAAAUUAGAGAAUAAAUUCUGUCCAAGACGAUUGAUCAAGCUUAAGUUGAAAAAUUGAUUGUUACAUUAAAAAUGAAAAAGCAAUAGGAAAUAAACAAAAUUAAUGAUGAAAAUAAGUGGUUUUAUGGGUUUUGCAAGUCUUUAGAAUUGACUGAAAAAACUAAAUGUUUCAUCAAUUGGAAUUUAUAAAUUUAAGUUAUUUUAUCAAUUAGGCUAAAAAUGAUUAAUUCCUUUAAAGAGGAUGAAAAGUUGUAAAGUUUAAAAUAAGAUAUAAUAUAAUAAUCUAUGUUAAUGACUUCAUAUGAUCCAUUGUAAUCCUCAUUAUAAUUUAUGUACAAUUAAUAUUUGAAAUGCUAAAGUAGUAAAUUUCUCUAAAAAAUUCCUAUUGAUUAAUCACAUUAAUUUGCUAAAAUCUUAAAAGCUGUUACUAUUGAAAAAUUUAUAUCAAUUAAUUAGGUUUUUGGAAUUUUAACAAAGUAUCUAUUUAAAGAAACCUAACUGAGAAAUGAUAUAAGCAUUGACUAAGAAAUUUGCAGAAUAAUCUAAGAAGAAUUAAAUGAUAAUAUAAUUUAUUUAAAUUAAGUGUGUAAUGGGAUAAAAAUGAUAACAGACUUUUUAAGAAAUUAAGGGGAAAAUAGUUAAGAAUAAAAAGAUGAUUUAAUUGUUCUAAAAGAUUAAUCUAUAUUUCAUGAAAUCUACCCAAAUUUCAAUACAAAUUCAUUAUCUCAAGCUUAAAUUAUAAUAAGUUUGUAAAAAUUAUCGGUUUACUAAGACGAGUUUUUAAAAUCAUUUGAAACUAUGAAAGAGUACAUAAAAAAUGAAGAUAAUGAAUUUUAUUAAUACUUAGAAAAUAAGAAAGUUUCUAUUUCAAAUAUAAUUGAAUUAAUUGACAUAGUAAAACUAAUGUAAAUAACAAAUGAAAAAGAUAAAGAAAUUGCUUUUUUUCUUUGUGAGGAUAUUCAAAAAUAACUAAGUGAAUGUUGUAAGCUAGUUAGAGGAACGUCUGUAAAAAUUGAGUAGAAACAAUUUGAUUGGAAUGAUGAAAUUAAAUUCUAUGAAUCUUUAGUCGACGAAAUUAAAUAGAUUAAAACAAGAUAACAAGAGUAGGUUUAAUAAUUUUAAAAUAUUUUAAUUAAUUCUGAAAAGGUGUAAUCUUAGAUCUUAAACUACACUACUUUAUUAAAAUUAGCUGCUAAGAAACCUUAAUUUUUGUAUUAAUCUUAAGAAUCUUAAAAACUAUUGUAAGAUACAAUGAAUGAUUAUUGCAGUCAAUCUAUAGAGACUUCAAUCGACUAUUCAUAAAUUUAACAAAUUAUAUCAGUGAAAGAAUUUAGCUAAUAUCCAUCUGAGAUAGAACCAUAAAUUAAUUUUAUCUUAAGCCAAAUAGAAAGCAAAGAUGAUUAAAAGAAGACAAAUGAUUAUUUCGAUCUAAUUUAAUAAGGAAUUAAUGAUUUAUUAUCAAAUAAUCAAUGGAGGAUUAGACAAUUUAUCGUUUAUGAAUUGAUAUAAAUGAGAAGAAGUUGUCUCUAGCAAAACUCUUUGACACUCAAUUCAGGAUUGUAUAUACGAUUUUAGGUUUAUGAAACUGAUAAAAGAAUUCGACAGCUUUUUGAUGAUAAAUCAAUAUAACUAUCUAAUUAAUUGAUGAGUAAAUAUUGGCCUAGUUAAGAAACAAUUAUUUAAAAUAAAUUAAAAGAAAAGUUAAAAGAUUUAAAUGAAUUGGCCUAAUAAAUUUCCCUUGAAACAUCAGAAAAUUAUAAAUAGCAAUUAAGAAAGGAAUAUUCUAAAUUAGAAAAAGAAAUUUAAUCUAUGUUUGAAAAUGUUACUUAAAUCUCUAAUACACUUGGGAUUACAAUAAUCUUUCUUUAAGAUUUAAAAUAAGACCUAUUGAGAAUAGAAAACUAUAUUGUUCAAAUGUAAGAAACUUUAGAUACCAUGAGCAAAGAUAUCAAAUAUUUAAAAGGUAGAACGAUAAUUGAAUUAUUAGAAUUAAGAAUGAAAAAGGUUUUGCAAUAAAGAUUGGUUUUCAAUUCAGAUAAUGUUUAUAUUCCAAUAAAAACAAAAGUAAAAUUAAAUGAUUCUAAAUUUUCAAAUGAAAAAACAAAUCUUUUUACAGAAGAUAUAUUUGGAGAUGGUGAGAUAAAUGAGUUUAUUUGGAAGUAAUAAAAAGAUUGUUUUUUAAUUCAUGGUUAAGCUGGAUCAGGUAAAAGUACAGCAGCAAGAAAAAUAGAGGAAUUCUUAUGGAUGUUUUAUUAAAAGAAUAAAAAAAGUGAUUAUAUUCCAUUAAUACCAAUAUUUGUAUCUUUACCAUAAUUAAGAGACCCAGUAUAUUAUUGUAUUGAAGAAACUCUAAAGUCUGAUAAUUAUAGAUUUAAUGAUAGGUAGAUUUAAGAUUUUUAAGAGGCAGUUGAACAAAGAAAAUUAAAAUUAGUAAUCAUAAUGGAUAGUUAUGAUGAAUUAAAGUCAGAUUAUAUUGGUUUAAAUUUAAAUAUUUCAAAUAAAUUAUCGAAAUGGAGAUGUUAAGCAGACAAAAAUAAGUUUCCUAAAAUUAUAACAACUUGUAGAACAGAAUUAUUUAAUAUUGCUGGUUAUAAUACAUGGUUUUUUUCUGAGUCAAACAGCCCUUAAUUUUAUAAAGAAGUUAAAUUAUUAAAAUUUAAUACAGAACAAUAGAGAUUAUAUAUUGAUCAAUAUACUUUAUUGUGUGUUAAAAGAGAUAUUAGAGAAUUUUAUUUUGGUAGUAAUAGUACUUAAGAUUAUUCUGAAUAUGAGACAUUUUUUAUUGAUUUAUUGAAAUCUUUGAAUUUAAGUAAAAUUAAAUCUGAAAGUAUAUAUAUGCUAAAUUCAAAAAUAAUUUAACAAAUUUUAUUCAAAUGUUCAAAUUUUGUAUCAAAAGAUAUGCAAAAAACUUUAUCAUAAUUACUUCAAGAGAUUUGGUCAAGUUAAUAAUAUUUAAAAUUUAUAUAAAUAAUGAAAUUAGAUAAAGUUAUAGAGACUCCAUUUAUGGCAGAAAUAGUGAUGGCUGUUCUUCCUUAUAUAGUGAGACAAAGAUCAGAAAUUACUAAUGUAAAGAAUAGAUUUAUAAAAAAAUAUAUAUAUUUUGCAAAAAGUGAAUAAUAACUAGUUUAAGUAAGUUAAUUAGAGAAAUAGGCAUUAGAUGAAUGGCAAACUAUAAUAAAUAAUUAAAAUUUUAUGAAUGAAUAUCUGUAAGAAUUUUCAGAAAUUUAAGUUGAGAAAUUAAUAACAAAGUAUUUUUCUAACAAUUAGUAGUUUUCAAUUAUAAAAAAUUCAUUGAUGUUAGAACCAUUAUCAACUUAUGAUUUUUAUAGUUAAUUUUUGGAACACUAUUUUAAGAGAUAGAUUUAUAAAUUAAGAGAGGCAGGUGAAUCGAUUGAUUAUGAGUAAAUUGGAAGUGAAUUAUGGAAAUUCACUCAUCAUUUAGCUAAUCAAAUGACAUUUAGAAAUAUGACUUAAGUUUACUUUUAACCUAGUGGUUUAAUUUUUAAGAAAUCAGAAAUUGAUUGGAAAGAUGAAUUCUUUAAUGAUUAAUGUUCAGAAGGUGUAUAUAAGAGAUUAUUUAGAAAAUGUAUGCCAAUUAAAUAAAAAAAUGGGAUUUAUUCAUUUAAUCAUAAAUCAAUAUAAGAGUUUUUAGUAGCUAAAUGGUUUGUGGAAUUCUUAUCAAAUAUUAAGUUUCCAAUUGAUGAAAUAUCUAAAAAACAAUUAUUAUUGUAUGAAUUUUUUAAUAUGACAUGGGAUUAUGAAUAUUUAAAGGGAUCAAUCACUUUUAUUUCAGAUAAAUUAAGAUACAAUGAAGAAUAAAAGUAAUAGCUAUUAAGUUUAAUUUAUUUAACCAGAUCAGAUGAUAAUUUUAUUACAGCAGGUUCAAAUAGUAUGUUAUUAUUAAAUGAGAUGGAUCAUUCUUUUAUUGAUAUGGAUUUUAGUAAUAUUAAAUUAUCAUAAGUUACAUUAAGUGGAGCUAAUUUUUUUAAUUGUGACUUUUCUAAUUCAAUUUUUACAGGAGUUACAUUAUCAUCUGUUAAUCUCAAUUUAUCUAAAAUAAUAAAUGCUUAAUGGUCUGAUAUAUCAUUAAAUUAAUUGCCAUAAAUUAAAACAAGUUUGGAAAAUGUUAGAGGAUUAACUUAUAUUGAUAAAGAGAAAAUGCUAAUUGCAAUAGAUGAUUAAAAACCAGAGAUGAAAUAAUAUGAUAUCUUUAAAAUUUAGGAAAUUAAUAAAAUUAAUAUCAAACUAAUCCCCAAAAAGGCUAUUUUAUCAAAUAGUCAAAGAAUUUUGGCUUUAUAUAAUGAAAGUGAAAUUCUAAUAUAUGAUCUAUUUGAUAUGAAAAAUAUUUAGUUGAUUAAUUAUGUAUAAUGUUUUGAUAAAGAAAGAACUUGUUGUGUUUUUGGGUCUGAUGACAAAUCAUUAUUUUUUGGUGGAUACAAUGGGGUUCAUGAAUUGAAAAUUACUAUUGAAUUAGUUGAAAGAAGAGCAGCAAAAAAAAUUACAGAUAAGGAAAAGAAAAAAGGAAAACUUUAAAAUUUAAAGAUUGAUCCUGAUGAUAAAGUGGAAAUCAUUCAAUAAUAAAAAGAUUUAACUGUUACUAGUGAUUAAUUCAAAUAAAUAAUAAAUGAAUAAGUUUUAGAUCUAAGAUGUUGUAAGGUUUUGAUAAUGUAAAAAUAAUCAAAAACGAUAUGUUUAUAUAAUUAAUAAGCUCAAUGGAUGAAAUAAAUUGAAACUAAAUUUGAAAGGGUUAAUUGUAUGGAUAGUAAUUUAGAGUUGAAUUUACUGGCAAUAGGAGGUCGUAAGGGUGAAAUAAAUCUUUACAAUUUGUCUUAGAUAGGUUAACCUGUUAGUUUGAGCGGACAUAAAAAAGCAAUCUCAGAGUUAAGGUUUUCAAUUGAUGGUAAAAUCUUAGUAUCAUCUUCAUUUGAUUAAUCCAUAAUAUUAUGGAGUACAUAAUAAUAAUCAUAAAUUAAUUAAGCUAAUUUCACAGCAUUUAUUAAAAUAUACUCAUUAACAUUAAUAACAAAUACAUACUUAGCUGUAACUGGAUAAAAUCAAGGUUUAAUCUAAAUUUGGGAUUUAGAUAGUCAAGAUACAUCAAUUAUAAAUCCAUCAGGUCAUACUAAUAUAAUUUAAUGUUGUAUAUUUUCAUUUGAUGGAGCUUUAUUAAUAUCUGGAUCAAAUGAUUUAUUAAUUAAAGUGUGGAAUACAUAAACUGGAUAAUAGAUAGGCUAGAAUCUUGAAAAACACGAAUUACCCAUUAAGAGCUUAGCUAUUUCAUAAGAUUCUAAUAUUUUAUGUUCUGGAGGUGAAGAUGGAUUUCUAUAUAUAUGGGAUUUACAAAAAUUUUAAAUUAAACAUGAAGUAAAUCAUUAUUCUUCUCAAAUAACAAGUGUUUCCAUAUUUUAUUCAGAAGAUUAAUACAAAAUAAUAACAUUAACUGAAGAAAAAUUAAUUCAUCUUUGGAGCCUACAUAAUCUAUAAGAAUUUAUUUUAAUAUAUGAUUAUAAGGAUGAGAAUAAAAGAAUAAUUCCUAAUAUUGAAACAAAAAAAUUAUUAGAUUUAUGUAGAGAUUAAUAAGUGAAAGCCUUUGAAUCAUAUAAUAUUAGUAAUUACAUAAAAAUACAAAAUCAAUAUAUUACAGCUUUGGGUAUCAGUACAAAUGGUUAAAAGAAGUUGAUUGGAACAAGUGAGGGAUACUUAAUAAUCAUAGAAAACAAAGAAAUGAUAUUCAAAAAUUAAGCACAUAAAAAAAGCAAAAUUGAUAUCAUUUAUGUGCUUAAUGAUCAAUUAUUUAUUACAUCAGGAUAAAAUUCAAUUAUCUUUUGGAAUAUAAAUGAUUUUACUUAGUAUUCUAAUUACUAAAGUAAAUUUACUAAAAUUAAUGAUUGCUUUGUUUAAAAUGAUAAUUUUUAUAUUUCUAUUGAUUUUACUAUUCGGAUUUGGAAUAUCAGUUAGAAGUCUACUAUUAAAGUAAUAAAGGAAAAAAAGAAAGAUCAUAUACAUUCUAUCUGUAUGAAAAAUAAUGUUACUAUAUAUGCAGGUACUUAAAAUGGAAACUUACUAAUAAUUGAUCUCUAAAAAUCAGAUUAAUAUUAAGUGAUACCUGAAAUUCAUAAUGGUAGAAUUACUAAAAUUGCUUGGAUAACUAAUUAAAAUUAAUUUAUAACAGCAGGAUUAGAUGGAUUGUUAAAAUUAUGGAAGGAUGAUAAACCAAUCAAAGUUAUAGAUACAGGUUCUACUGUAAACUCAUUCUAUCUCUCAAAUGAUCAAAAUUAUUUUGUUUUACACACUUUUGAAGGUUUAAGCAUGUGGACAUCAGAAGAUCUCGUUCUAUCUGAAAAAAUUGUCAGUUUAAAUGACAAUUAAUCCAUUUUAGUUUUGUUUAAUUAAAGAAGAAUUAUUUGGUCUAAAGAUGAUCAAUUAUAUUACAUUCCAAUAUUGCAGAAAAAGAUUAAAUAUUCAUAUGCUUAGGAAUCUAACAAUCAUUUUCCUACUGUAUUUCUUGUUGAUGAAAAUAAUUUAAUCUACUCAGGGGAUACUGAAGGCAAACUUGGUUUUUGGAAUUACAAAGGAGAAAGAACAAAGGAUUUUCUAGAUUUGAAUCAGUCAAAUAUUAUUUGCUUAACUUAAUCUAAUGAUAAAUCAAAAUUAUGUAUAGCUUUUAAAGAAUUAAUUAAAGUUAUUUCAACAGAAUCUUACCAGAUUAUCUAUGAAAAGGAUUUUAAAGAUUUCUCUAUAAAUAGUAUUAAUUAUUUAAAUGAAAAAACAUUAUUGAUAACAACUAAAUUAAAAGAUAAGUAAGUAAUAAUUUUUGAUGAAGAAGAUAAAUCUAUGCUUAUUUAGAAUGAACAUGAUGAAGAAUUAAGAGGAGCAGCAGUUAACUAAAAAACAAACUGCUAUCUUACAUAUAGUGAUGAUAAAUCCAUUCGAUAUUAUUAGAAAUAAAAUUAAACUUAUUCUAUGAAGUUUUCAAUGUCAUAAUUAUUAAAAUUUGAAUCACAAGACACGAUUGUUGAAAAUAGCACAAUAAUAUCAAAGACUGGAAUAGAUUUAUUAUCACUCUUUAAAAAUUAAAGAAUUGUUAUGCAAUGA